AUGUGUGUCGACUACGAAGCUUGCCCAAAGGAUCCUUUCCCCUUACCAAGGAUCGGCCAGCUGGUAGACGAGACAGCAGGGUCAGCCCUAUUGAGUUUCAUGGACGCUUUCCGUGGGUAUCACCAAAUCUACAUGCACAAGGCCGACGAGGAGAAGACGACAUUUAUCACCCCAGAUGGUGUGUAUUACUACCGAGGAAUGCCCUUCGGCUUAAAGAAUGCGGGAGCCACGUACACUAGGAUGGUUGCUCGAUUAUUCCAGGACCUAUUGGAAAAAUCUAAGGUGGCUUACGUUGACGACAUGCUGGUUAAGACUCAAGAAGAAUCAGGCUACGCUCGGGACCUGGCCGAGUGCCAAGAAUCAUUGGGAGAACUGAAAAGGGCCGUUAGCUCCGUACUUAUCCAAGAGGAGGAGCGAGUCCAGUAUCUGAUCUACUAUGUUAGCAGGUCCCUGAAAUCUGCCGAGACACGAUACACCCCCUUGGAGAAGGUGGUGUACGCGCUGAUUGUCACCGUGCGGAAGCCGUCUAUCAAGGGACAGGCCCUAGCAGACUUCCUGGUCGAGUGCACCGCCGGAGAAACCAAAGAGACCCCGACCUCGCCCGGCAUUGAGGGCGAAUGGUGGGAAUUACACGCAGAUGGAGCAACAAGUAGUCAGCACUGCGGGGGCGGAGUCAUGUUAAUUAGGCCCGAAGGAUUUCGAUUGUACUGCGCCUUGGAGUACCAGUUCAAGGUUUCCGGAACUUGCGAGGCAAAGAAUGCCCGACUAUUGCAAUACAAAGGUAAGACGGAAGAGCUCCUACGAGGGUUCGCUGCCCAUGAAAUUGAUCACAUCCCAAAGGCGGAAAACACCGAAGCGGACAUACUAUCGAAGAUCACUUUAGGGGGAAUACCCGACCACCUAUUGAGGAUUUGCCAAAAGGAAGAAGUACAGCGGCCGAGCAUCAGCAAGUCGGGGGACGAGGUCCAGCAACUGAUGAUGGGAAGUUGGGAUCGCAAAAACAACCCCGAGAUGUUCUGGAUUAAGGACAUCCAGAACUACAAUGAGAAGGGAGAGUUGCCCAAUAAUCCAAUCGUCGCUGCCCGGGUUCGAAGGAAGGCGCCCUCCUUUGAUGUUAUCGACAGACGAUUGUACAAAAGGUCGUUCGGAGGGCCCCUUCUUAGAUGCUUGUUGAGGCCAGAGGCUGAGAUGAUAAUGGAAGAGGCGCACUGGGGAAUAUGCGCCGCUCACCAAGGCGCACAUACCCUCGCACGGAAAUUAGUCAUCUAG